AGCCUGUUCUGCAAACUUGCUCAAGUGAAAGCGGGAAAAGGCACGCAGGAAGGGCGCUACAAAUCCAUGAACGAGGCGAUUAUCAUUUAGUGAGCGUUAGAGUCGACUUCAAGCGACAAAGCUUUGUUUUCAGGAAACACCAGUAUAUAGGACAGGUUCAUUUGGGGGAGACGAUCGGAGUUUCUGGGAGCGUUUGUGCCUUCACUUCAAACCUGACGGUCGCGCGUUCUGGCAUUCUGACCAGGGCGGAACUUGAAACUGAGUGGUUUGAGCCAUGUGGCUUUACUAAUCCUGUGACUCUUACAGAUAUGAGCGGGCUCUUAUUACGCUUUGGAUCGGGAUGGAGCAGCUGCACAAGACUUCUUCCACAAAGUUUGGGAUUUCCGUGUCUAGCAGGUCUCACGCAAGCCUCCGAUAGCAUCACACAAACCUCUAAUAGCAUCACACAAUCUUUUGUGCGGCAUGCUUCUAAAAAGGCGGGGGGCUCGUCCUCAAAUGGCCGAGACUCCAAUCCAAAGAACCUGGGUUUGAAGAAGUAUGGGGGACAGAAGGUCAUUCCUGGCAACAUCAUUGUGAGGCAGCGGGGCACUCAGUUUCAUCAGGGCAACUUUGUGGGCAUGGGCAAGGACCACACCCUCUUUGCUCUUCUUGAGGGGAAGGUUAGGUACCACAAAGACAAGAUGACAGGCAGGAAGACCGUUCAUGUAGACCCUGUCAACGCACUUCUGCCCGUGCACCCGGCUUUUCAGGGCAGCAAGUGGGAGGCAGCUCUGUCGCAAAAGGGACAACAAGGCAUCCGCCAAUUGCUGGCAGAGAUGAAAACUGCUAAGAAAGGCAUCAGCGCGCAACAAUGAAUGAGGGGGUCCGAGCAAAUGUCAUCCCGCCUACCUAUUCCAUUGAAAGGUGAAACCAUAGGAUUGAAUUGUUCACCAAUCUUCCUUAGGCUAUCGGCGUCUGCAAGUUGGACCUGAAUGAUCGUCCAUGUUCCAUGAUUGGGUCUUCGUUUGAUCCGGAGCAACUUCUAUAUCGUACAGACGUCAAUCUAUUAGGCCGGCCGCAUCCGCUGGUCACUAACACACUUCCCAGAUUGAGGAUUCAAUGCUUAUUUUGCGCGCAAAGUAGUAUCUUCGUUUGAUCAGACGGAUCCCCGGC